GGAACUUUUCACCUGAUGAGUAAACUAGAAGCUGUAAAUCGAAAGCCAACUUCAGCAGCGUAUAAAGAUCCACCUACGACAAGCAGCCUCAUUAUUCUCGGAACCUCGAGCAGAAGGAAGGAAAGCGUCUCUCUCAUUCUUACCUCGAUUAUUGCACCGAUGGCGACUAAAUAUUGGCUGCUUAACCCUUCUGUGCUGGUGCUGCUGAUCAUAAUCCGGAAGGAAAGCAUGAAAUGCAAUGGAUUGACAGUAAAUCCUCCUGAGAGCAUCUCUGUAGUAGACCCCGGUCGUCUUGGACAGCUGGAGAUUACCUGGGAGCCUCCAAAAGGUUUAACUGACAUGGCAGAGUGCUCAGUGACCUAUCAUCUGGAGUACUUCAACACCUACAAGAACAGAUGGAGUGCUGUUAGAACGAGUAGGAGAAGCUACAGCACUCAGUUUGAUCUAAUGAAGAAUGUAGAAGUAAGAGUGUACACCUUGCUGGAUGGGCCGUGCACCAACAACACAGAGAUUAAAAGCAAAAACUACACAGAGCUGAUUCAGAAUCCUCCUAACACUGGUGUUGCUGGUACCGAAAUCCAGGAUUUUAUCUGUGUCUUCCAAAACAUGGAAUACACGGAGUGCAAGUGGAGAAGAAGUCCAAAGAUGCCCACCAACUCUCAGCAGAAUCUUUACUACUGGUAUAAAUCUCUGGAACUGGCAAAGGAAUGCCCCAACUACGUGUUUUCAGAUGGAGUCAGGAUUGGAUGCAAUUUCACAAAGAAAUCUCUUCCAAACUUCAUGGAUAUCAACUUUUGCGUAAACGGCUCCUCGCCUGAGGGACCACUGAAGACAACUUUUACUUCCUUAAAGAUCCAAAAUCAAGUGAAGCCAGCGGCGACUGAGAAACUUCAUCUGCAGGUUGGUGCUGAUAAGCUGGAAGUACAAUGGGAAGACCCUGAAGGGCCUGUACCUGGACAGUGCCUGGAGUGGCAAGUGGAACAUAAUCAAGAAGGUCCCAAUGGCCAAAUGUCGAAGGAGGAGAUUCUGGUAGAAGACACCAGUCUGGCUUGCCCCUUCAGCUCAACCACUAAGAAAAACUGUUUCAGAGUUCGAUCCAAAAUGAACAAGUACUGUGUGGACAAAGGCUUCUGGAGUGAUUGGAGUCAUCAAGUGUGCCAUCCAGAGAAAUCAGAAGUUCCACCUGAGCCAUACCGGGUUCCUGUGUACUUGUGUGUUGCUGCCGCUGUGAUCGCCAUGUUGAUGCUGCCUCUGUGUGUGUGGGCAGUGAUCAAAAUGAGAAACUCAAAACAAGAGAAAAAGCUGGACUCUGUGCUGACCAACCUGUUCACUAAGAGCUCAACGUUUGUCAUCCCAGAUGUCUACAAAAGUGAGAACAUCUGCCAAAUCUAAGAAGACCUGCUGCACUUUUUAAGUGUUCACGGUUAGAGUUUUAGCUACAAACAUGUACUGUGGCAUUACUGUUCAAAAAUACCUGCUUUUUGUACUUCAUAUUACAGAAAUGCUUGAAUUUACAGCCAAACUUUUUAACAGUUUGGGUGGACUAAUUUUGGAAGACAGUCCAUUGUCACAUUCUUGCCAUUUGACUCCAAAGUGGGUUUUCUCAUAUUCUAUUCAUAUUACACUCAGUCAUCCAUUGAAAACAUUUUUACUGAUGUUUCCCAUUUGCCACAUUGCUUGCCAAUUCUUUGUUCUUUUUAUGUUACAGAACUUUAAUAUUUUAUACUACCUAUGUAUAGCAUAUUUUUGUAGUGGUCUAUUUUUUAUAUAUUUUGUAGUUGUUUACUUUGUGCCUCAACUCUUGCCAGUUAGAUCAGAAAAUACACUCAUAUUUUUUAAAGCUCAAAGUUGAAGUGUUUUAUGAAUGGUACAUGAAUCUGUGGUUAUUUUUUUUAAAAAUGUCACUACUGCACAUUUAAGUGCAGAAAAAAAUGUUUAAGUAUUUGUGGAUGAAUAUGUGGGUUUUAAAACCAAAAUGGUUACAAGCUGCAGAACAGACGGGUGUUCCAGUGUUUUCAUGCCAUAAUCUUGCCAUUUGUUGUUGUUUUUUUUUUUUUUUUUUUUUUUCUUCGUUUUAUAGGUUUGCAUUUAAGCCUAAACAAGCUGCAAAACUGAUGUUAGUAUAACUUGAACUGUAACUUUGACUACUUUGCAACACAAGCCGAAAUGCCUCAGUUAUGUCAAGUGACAGCCCAGCAAUUGAUUACUUUAGUUUAAAACACUUUCUCUUUGGAAUAUGUAGUUAUGAUAUCAUUGUUUUGAUGAAAAUGUCUGUUUUUAACUUACUUUUAUCAUUUUUUUCAUUUGCAGUUAUAAAACAAUUAUAUAAUAGCAAUGCAUUAUAAUCAUCAGGUUAUUCAUUUAUUAAAACAAAUUUAUUAUUUUUUUUCUAUAACGCUAGAGUGAUGCUAAGUGAUGUGUUGAGGAAGGGUGGUAUGUGUUUGAUAUCACAGUAUUCAGAUAUGACAUGUAUUCAUGUGCUGCGAAAUGUUGCAAUCAUCUGCUAAGCACAAUAAAACUGACUGAAAUCCA